AUGUCGGAGCACGAACAGCAGCCUGGUGUCACCAGCGCAGUCAGCAAUGCGGGCACCAAGACCUGCGCCAUCGCCAGCUUGUGCAAGGUCAGCGUUGCGCAACGGCCCGCGCCCGAGCCAACGCUCGCGCCAAAGUAUCCUGCUGUUUCGUCGAUACCUCGCACCUCCGCGGAACGUCUGGCGCUGGCCGCCGAAGAUGUCGUCGAUGACCCCGACCACCCAAAGCCCAACACCUUUCUCUACCUCGCCUACGGAUCCAACAUGUGUGCGCAGACCUUUCUCGGCAUGCGAGGUAUCCGUCCUCUAUCGCAGGUGAACGUCUCGGUACCUACGUUGGAGCUCAAGUUCGACCUCCCAGGAAUUCCUUAUCGCGAGCCAUGUUUCGCGAAUGUUGGAUACAGGAAGAUGCCCGAUAAGCCGAAGCUGCCUCCCAAGAUCCCAUUUGAUCCCCCGCAGCCUCCCCAUUCAGAGUCCAAAUGGGAUGAGGGUCUCCUGGGUGUGGUGUAUGAGGUCACGGAGGAAGACUACAAGACCAUCAUCCGCACCGAGGGUGGUGGAACAGGCUACAAGCAGAUCAUGGUGCCAUGCCUUCCUCUGCCUCCCAAGAUUUCUAUUCCGGAGAAACCUUUCCCUGAAAUCCCAAAGCCAUUCCUGGCCAAGACGCUCUUUGCGCCCCAGAUCCCCGAUUCUGAUCUGCCCGAUGAUCCUCGCAAGAAGAAGUGGUGGUAUCGCUUCCUGAUCCAUCCUGUUCGAGAGCCCGGCUAUGCGCAACCAAGUGCUCGUUACCUGAACCUGAUCCGGGAUGGUGCUAAGGAGCAUGAGCUUCCCGAAGGCUACCAGCGCUGGCUCAAUGCCAUGCCGACCUAUACCAUCACCAACUGGAGGCAACGCAUCGGCGCCGCUGUGUACUUGGUUAUCAGCCUAGUCUUCUUCGCAAUCAUGGCCCUAUCCGGUCCUCUGGCGGAUAAAGAUGGGAAACUGCCUCGGUGGCUGGCCCUUGCUACCACCGUCUUUUUCAACUUGAGUUGGAUGAUGUAUGAUGGCAUUUUGAAACCGGUCUUGGGAGAUGGUGAGAGAACUGAAGAGACAGAGCAGCGCUGGGGACACAAGAAGAAGCCUUCAUGGUCCCAAGUUCGGCAACGAAUCCCGCACUUGGAUGAGGAAAAAGUGGGAUUACUGAAAGAAUUUGACUAG